GGAGCCAACAUGAAGAUUGAUGGGAAGACUGUGUGUGUUUUUGUGCUGCUCACCACCACCAAGGCUGCAAGAACAGCAGGGAUCAAAACAGUGUCAGUGACAAUAGGUAACAACUCUGUGCUUACCUGUCCUCCUAAUUCAAAUGUAAUUAUGGUAACAUGGAAAAUAAUCCCCAAGGUUGGAGGCGCCUGUGCCUUGGGAUACAGGGCUGAUCAGAACAGGACAGGCAGAACAAGCUGCAGUGACAGCAUGAACUGGAAAUUCAGACCAGAUUACAAUCCUGCCCUCGAGAUACAGCAAGUGGACAUAACCCAUGAGGGAAAAUACAUCUGUGAAGUUGUAACAACAGAUGGGAAUUUUGACAAGAAGUACCACCUGACCGUGCUGGUCCCCCCGAGGCUGACCCUGUCCUGUGAUGUUGAAGGGAACUCAGUGUGUGAGGCAGCGGCAGGGAAGCCGGCUGCUCAGAUCUCCUGGGUCCCGGAGAGCAACUCCUGCCCUGAGAGAAAAAACCAUGACAAUGGGACAGUGACUGUUCUCAGCAGGUUCACAGCAGAGAGCACCAACUUGACUAAUACAACCUGCAUUAUGUCCCACCUAGCUGGGAACCAGAGCAAGUCCAUAACCUGUCAUCCCUCAGACAAGAACAGCAAUAACCUGCACAUCUACAUCCCUCUCAUUUUCCUGAGCAUUAUCACCCUCCUGGCUGUUGUUUACUAUUUUAAGCUCCACAGAGAUAGAUUGUGCCACAAAACUAAACCUCCUGAAACAGACCCUGUUCAUUUCCCAGAGGAUGACGCAAUGGAAGUGGAACCUUAUACUACGUAUGUGCAGAAGGAAAACACGAUUUACUGCUCAGUGUCUGAUCUGACAUUGGGGCAGAAUAUUCCACAUGGACUGUCACCAGCAAGGUGA